AAAAGAACAAAUCGGAAAUGACGGCGGCUCCUUUUCCUGACGAAUCCAGAUAAACAAACAAAAGCAAGACAUUAUAUUAUAUAUAUUUAAGAGUCUGAGACAUUUCCGAGGCGCUUCUAUUUACAGAUAUGUCUACCAGGAGCGGUUUAUUCGCCAGUAACUGAGGUAAAGAAGAGCUAUCAUCGCCACUUGCUGAGUUAUCUCGCAGGAGCUUGUUAGUUAGUGAGCUCGACAUGUUUAUUUUAGAGCUGCAGCGACAUGAUGGCAUGACCCUGUCGCAGUGCUGGCGAGUAGCUACACGUUCACUUUAAGAUUUGAAGACUGUGGGGGGAAACAGGUUCAACUUUUAAACCGGAUCUGCACUCCGUUAAGAUCUCCACAUCGUCACCAUGGCGUGGGCCCUGAAGCUGCCCCUCACGGAUGAAGUGAUUGAGUCCGGACUGGUCCAGGACUUCGAUGCCAGUCUCUCGGGCAUUGGUCAGGAGCUUGGUGCGGGGGCAUAUAGCAUGAGCGAUGUACUUGCCCUCCCCAUCUUCAAGCAGGAGGAGUCCAACCUGCCCCCAGACAGCGACAACAAGAUCCUUCCUUUUCAGUAUGUUCUGUGUGCAGCUACCUCGCCUGCUGUUAAACUGCAUGAUGAAACACUCACCUACCUCAACCAAGGCCAGUCCUAUGAAAUUAGAAUGCUUGACAAUCGGAAAAUUGGGGAGCUUCCGGAAAUCACUGGUAAAAUGGUGAAGAGCAUCAUCCGUGUGGUGUUUCAUGACCGACGACUUCAGUACACAGAGCACCAGCAGCUGGAAGGCUGGCGCUGGAACAGGCCGGGAGAUCGCAUCCUCGACCUGGAUAUCCCCAUGUCCGUCGGCAUAAUCGACCCCAGGGCUAACCCUACUCAGCUUAACACUGUGGAGUUCCUUUGGGACCCAUCAAAAAGAACCUCAGUUUUUAUCCAGGUACACUGCAUCAGCACAGAAUUUACUAUGCGCAAGCAUGGAGGAGAGAAGGGUGUGCCUUUCCGCAUCCAGAUCGACACGUUUAAAGAGAAUGAGAAUGAAGAGUACACAGAACACCUCCACUCUGCCUCCUGCCAGGUCAAAGUCUUUAAGCCUAAAGGUGCGGACAGAAAGCAGAAGACCGACAGGGAAAAGAUGGAGAAGAGGGCGCCACAGGAAAAGGAAAAGUACCAGCCAUCCUAUGAAACCACAAUCCUGACAGAGUGCUGUCCCUGGCCUGAGGUCACAUAUGUCAGCAACUCCCCAUCUCCUGGCUUCAACAGCACACACAACAGCUUCCCAGUUGCGGAAGGAAAUGGAUCCCCAAACCACCAGCCUGAGCCCGUCAUUCAGGUAGCAGAUAAUUUGUUACCCACAGCAACACCACAGGAUGCACAACAGUGGCUUUUAAGAAACCGCUUCUCACCCUUCUGUCGACUCUUCACCAACUUCUCAGGGGCCGAUCUGUUGAAGCUGACCAGGGAGGAUGUUAUUCAGAUCUGUGGGCCAGCUGAUGGUAUUAGACUCUUCAACGCAUUGAAGGGACGGGUGGUACGUCCGAGGCUCACCAUUUACGUUUGCCAGGAGUCUCAGCAGACACGGGAUCAGCAAGUGAAACAUGAAAACGGAGAUGCUGCCGCCAACACUUUCUUUGUAUAUCACGCCAUUUACUUGGAGGAGCUUACAUCUGCUGAGCUGACAGAGAAGAUCGCCCAGCUCUUCAACAUUUUACCCAGACAAAUAAAUCAAAUCUUUAAACAGGGUCCCACUGGAAUCCAUGUACUGGUCAGUGAUGAGAUGAUUCAGAACUUCCAGGACGAAGUAUGUUUUGUUUUGGACACAAUGAAAGAUGACUCAAAUGACGGCUACCACAUCAUCUUGAAGUGAAUACUGGGCAGGAGAACCGCGUUGCUCUCUUCGUCUGCCCCGAUCCAGUCAGCCCCUCUAGCGCUUCAUACUCCUCGCUGUUCCUGGAAUAUGUGGAGAUGCCCCAAGGAACCUCUUGAGGCUGCUUGAAGGAAUAUGCGACUGAAGCCCCACUCCUCACUAUACCUUACUGUCUUACGUUCGAGGGAGUGACUGUUACCGCAGCGAAUUAACAGUGUCCUUCUCGCCCUGCCAUUGUCUCCCUUGAAUGGUUGCAUUUUCCUCUGUCGCUUAUAUCUCAUGAAAGAGGUUAGUGGCACUACAGCUGCUAUCACUGUUUGUUUGUUAGCUGAGCAUCUGGUGUGCCAAAGCUUGUUUGCUGUCUCUUUUUAAAAAACCAACAACCAAAAAAGACAAAAAAAAAAACAAAACGAGAAAUGCUUCGUCAGUACUUGACUUUCAGUCUGCGAUGCAAGCAUAGUUUCUCGUCUUCAUGCUAGGUUGCCUUAUGGGAUCCACUUAAGCCAGCCUGCAAGAAACACGGUAUAGCUAACACAAUCACAGAAUCACAUCAAAGAACUACAAGAGGCAUCAGAAUCAGCAAUCAGGACAUCAAGGGAAACUGCUGGAAUCCAGCUGUUCUGCGUAACAUCUGUGAUUCCUUUUGAAAGCUAACAAUGUCCCUGGUUUGAACUUUUCACCUGUCUCCCACACACUGUUUGGUCCUUAUAGUUAGCGUAGAGCGCAUAAUGGCACCCGUGGUUGUUCCUUAUGAAUCUUGAAUGAUGAUUAAACACUGUCUGUUAGUGAUCACAAUGGCAACACCAGCAAACUGUCUCUGGCUCAUGUACUUGCUAUCCCUCUCAACUUUUUAUUUUUUUAUUUUUUAGCUGUUUCAUUGUGUUUUAUCCUUAGCCAUUUCCCAGCAUUAUUUGUAAAUAGAUGAUUAUUUUAAAAAAUGUUUUCAUAAGAAUUGCGUGUUACUUUUUUUUUCUUUUUUAAUCUUUUUAACAUACUUACGUCUCUUCAUUGUUUUUGGAUGUUACCACUUCCAAAUACUAAUACAUGAAAUGUGCUGUUGGGCACACACCAGAGCUGCAUGUGAAACAAUGUGGUUAGUUUAUGUUGAGUCCAUUGUACUGGUUACAUGAAAUUGAUAGCAUGACAUUUUACAUUUUCAUCUUUGACCCCAUCUCAUCAGCGUUAUUAAAAUACCUACCAACGUACUGCCA